GCUGCGCGACGCGCCGGGGCCUCAUCCCCUUUUUGCCAUCCGGGUCUCUCGCGCGAGCGCUUUAGUCUGUGGCGAAGCUUCGGGGCGGCCGGUACUGUUGAAAGCGGCAAGUGAAGGUGCCGCCUUAGCGGCCGGGUUCUGGACUAUGGCGGCUAGUGAUACAGAACGAGAUGGACUAGCCCCAGAAAAGACAACCCCAGAUAGAGAUAAGAAAAAAGAGCAGUCAGAUGUAUCUGUUUCUCCUAGAGCCUCAAAACAUCAUUAUUCAAGAUCACGAUCAAGGUCAAGAGAAAGAAAACGAAAAUCGGAUAAUGAAGGAAGAAAACACAGGAGCCGGAGCAGAAGCAAAGAGGCAAGAAGACAUGAAUCCAAAGAUAAAUCUUCUAAGAAACACAAGUCUGAGGAACAUAAUGACAAAGAACAUUCUUCUGAUAAAGGAAGAGAGCGACUAAAUUCCUCUGAAAAUGGUGAGGACAGACACAAACGCAAAGAAAGAAAAUCAUCACGAGGCAGAAGUCACUCAAGAUCUAGGUCCCGUGAAAGGCGCCAUCGUAGUAGAAGCAGGGAGCGGAAGAAGUCUCGAUCCAGGAGUAGGGAGCGGAAGAAGUCACGAUCCAGAAGCAGAGAGAGGAAGAAGUCUCGAUCCAGAAGCAGGGAAAGAAAACGGCGGAUCAGAUCUCGUUCCCGCUCAAGAUCAAGACACAGGCAUAGGACUAGAAGCAGGAGUAGGACACGGAGUAGAAGUCGAGAUAGAAAGAAGAGAAUUGAAAAACCAAGAAGAUUUAGCAGAAGUUUAAGCCGGACUCCCAGUCCUCCUCCCUUCAGAGGCAGAAAUACAGCAAUGGAUGCACAAGAAGCUUUAGCUAGGAGAUUGGAAAGGGCAAAGAAAUUACAAGAACAACGAGAAAAGGAAAUGGUUGAAAAACAAAAACAGCAAGAAAUAGCUGCAGCAGCUGCAGCCACUGGUGGUUCUGUUCUUAAUGUUGCUGCCCUAUUGGCAUCAGGAACACAAGUAACUCCUCAGAUAGCUAUGGCAGCUCAAAUGGCAGCCCUGCAGGCUAAAGCCUUGGCUGAGACUGGAAUAGCUGUACCUAGCUACUAUAACCCAGCAGCUGUGAAUCCAAUGAAAUUUGCUGAACAAGAGAAAAAAAGGAAGAUGCUUUGGCAAGGCAAAAAGGAAGGGGACAAAUCCCAGUCUGCUGAAAUAUGGGAGAAAUUGAACUUUGGAAACAAGGACCAAAACGUCAAAUUUAGGAAAUUAAUGGGUAUUAAGAGUGAAGAUGAAGCUGGAUGUAGCUCUGUUGAUGAAGAAAGUUAUAAGACUUUGAAGCAACAGGAAGAAGUAUUUAGAAAUCUAGAUGCUCAGUAUGAAAUGGCAAGAUCACAGACCCACACACAAAGAGGAAUGGGUUUGGGUUUUACAUCUUCAAUGCGAGGAAUGGAUGCAGUUUGAAAAAAGAUCACACUUUUAAAGUUUGGGACUUUAUAGACUUCUUGUUCUGAUGUCAGGUCCUUGUUCACCAAACAGCUAGCAUUCUAGCUUGCAUGGGUGUUGCAUUGACUUUAAUUUAUUGAAAAAUACGAUUUUUGUAAAUAUCAGAUCAGUGAUACUGGUGUUAGUGUUGUAAUCAGGUUAAACCCACUUCCAUUAAACUUGACAGGACUAUAGAAAGACAAUAUUUUUUAGUUCAUUAAUUCUACUUUUCAAAAAUAUAUUAAAGCUGCAGGUGGGAUAAAAUCUCAUACAUAGAUUUUUUUCGUGUCCGCUGUCUUGUGUACUUUUGUACUUAACCUUGUACAGUUAUUUUCAUCUCUUGAAACAUGAAAGAAAUGUUAUGUAGAUGUUCUUUAGAAGAUCUGACCAUUUGGUACAUAAUCCAGCAAAUAAGCUGGGUGGUGAUGAUAAUAAUAAAAAUGGUUUUCUCAAAA